CACCCCUCAACAAGUGGGCUAGCAAAUAUUCUCUAUAAGUUCGGCGGCGUAAUAAAAAUAAUAAAAAGUUCAAAUGUACAACAUACAUAUGUUCAUCAAUAUGUCUUAACGAAUUAUUUUUAAUGUGAGAAGGACAUGUUUUAGUCAUGUUAAUGCAUAAACAUGAUCAAAUAUAAAAUUACUAAACAGUGUAAAGAGUCAAACAUGUGCAUUUGAGAAUAGACAAGUGAGUGGCUAGUAUGUUUCCUGAUAGAAGUUGAUAUCGAGCAUCGAGAUACAGCAUCCACAGCAAGAUGGUGGCGAGAGGAACGAGUCGGGUGCUGUCCAUAUUGUUCAGUACACUGCUACUGGGCAGAGCUAUAGCAGUUCGUGGUCACACAGAGGUGCGAGUGGAACUCCAGAUGGAGCGAUGGGCAGCUCGCGGUGGCUCCGUGCGGCUCCGCUGUGUCCACGACGUACCGCCGCAUCUACUCGACAAAGUGGUUUUCCUCCGCCACGGCACCAAGAUCUUCCAAUACAUUAGAGACAGAAAGCCGCCUUAUAGAAAUUUCACGACACCAGGAGCUGUACUCAAUAUAGCGUUAGCAACUGAAAACUCAAUAAUCUUACAAAAUUUGGACUUUGCGGCGAGCGGAAGCUACUCAUGUGAAGUAUCUCUGGACACACCAAUUUACACCAAGGCUUCGACCGAGAAGCAGCUCACUGUAUUUCAUCCCCAAAAACAUCACCCACGAAUUGACUUCCCUACUCACUACCUGAGUUUCGGCGAGACAUUAAGAGCUAACUGCACCACCGCGCCUGCGCUCCCUGCUCCACACAUCACAUGGUUUAUUAAUGGCAAAAAGAUGGAUGAACUUAUUACGCAUUCCCACAAAUUCCGCAUACCCAUGAGUGAAAGAAGCGGAAGGCGAGGUUUGCAAAGGCCUUUCGAACAUGAAACAGUAUUAAGUAGUCCACCAUCGUUGCUUACUCUAACUCAUGCUUCUCAUGUGGCAACUAAACCCCCGGGUUGUAACCUUAAGGAACAUCAGAUUGCCGAAUUAAAAGGCCAUGAUGGUCUCCACAUCAUACAUUCCACAAGCCGGCACCGAAGCCGUAGACCCAGUAGGGGUCGAGAUUUGUAUGUCACCGUAUCUGAGCUUCAUGUCAUCGCCACUGGCAGACUGGAGAUCACAUGCGUCAGCACUAUACCAGAAUUCAGGAGUAUAGAGGAUAAGUUCGCUGAUCACAGAAAUGAUACUGUUAUUGUGGACGUCAUCAGGCCAUCAACGUAUUCUCAACCAUCGGCCAAUCUCACAGAAUCAGAAUCUAGCGCUUCUAAUUGUAAUAAGUUGUUAAUUCCAAACAUAUCAUUAUUAUUAAUUAAUAUUUUUAGUAUAGUAAAUAUUGCUUGAUAUAAUGUUAAUAUAGUAGUAAUUUUUGGGCUGUGAUAAUAAUAUACGUUCACACUAUGUUCGUAUUUUAAUAUACGCUUUCAAACAGUAACAGAAUUUAUGGGUUCCUAUUAUAUUUGGAAUCGAUUAACAGUUGUAAUCAUGACCAUCAACGGCUCUACUACAUUAGAGACUAUACCGAAUGACCUAUUUUACUGUGCAGAAAAAUAUAGCAUUUUGUG